AUGGGAAUGGAUCGCAUGGACCGAAUGUCAGAUCUGGAUCGGUUGGGAUCCGGCUUCGACCGAAUGGGUUCAGGGCUUGACCGUCUUGGGCCCAGCAUGGAUCGUCUAGGAUCAGGCCUUGACCGCAUGAGCUCCAGCGUGGACCGCAUGGGUCCUGGUGGGUUCGACCGCUUGGGCCCGUCUGGUAUGGAUCGCAUGAGCGGCGGGAUGGACUUUGCCUCUCCUAUGGGCAUGGACAGGAUGAACACAGGCCUCGACCGAAUGGGUUCAAACUUCGACCGCAUGGGCUCCGGUGGCAUGGACCGCUUCCCCUCCUCGGGUCUGGACCGCAUGGGCUCCGGCAUGGACCGGAUGGGCUCUGGUGGCGUCGGUGGCCAGUUUGACAGACCUGCUGAUAUGGAUCGUGGCAAUUUUGGGACUCCUUUUAGUGGGUCUGGACAAGGAGGGCCAGGGUCUGGUGGAGCCAACGCCAGGAAAGGCUGUCAGAUUUUUGUCAGAAAUCUGCCCUUUGACUUCACUUGGAAGAUGUUGAAGGACACUUUCAAUUCAUGUGGCAUUGUGCAGUAUGCAGACAUAAAGAUGGAGAACGGCAAGUCCAAGGGCUGCGGUGUGGUGCGCUUUGACAGUCCUGAGACCGCCGAGCGGGCCUGUCGCACCAUGAACGGCUACCGGCUCAACGGGAGAGAGAUCGACGUCAGGAUUGACAGGAAUGCAUAAUCCUCAUCUUCGCCUACUGAUUCCUUCCACCCCCACACUAUGCUUUCCAAAUUAUUUGUCCGUUAAAUAUUUGUAUUUGUGCCGAAUGGUACACUUUUUUUUAGUUUUGCCUAUGACUUUUAGAGACCAAAUGUUUUGUUUUUGUUUUUUUUUCUCCCCGAUUUUUAUUGUGAUGCUUUCCAAGAAAUUGCCUUUGUUAAAGGUUUGCUAAUAAAUCUCAGCAUUGAGAACUUA